GUCCGCCGGGAGGUAGCUCUCCUACCGCCAUUGUUAUAUUCUCUCUCUACCAGGGCCGGCCGGGGCGAAACCGGCUCGAAAAUCCUCGUCUUCUCGCCCCCCCUCUCACACAAAAAAGACGACGACAUUCUUGACAGCCACCCGAAGUUGAACGUCAAAAGCGAGAAGACAAAGAACCGAACCCGGCCCCUGGUGAGAGAGGAGGUGGGCGAACAACGACGACAAAGAUGUCAGCGCUUUUCUCCAUUUUAAAUCCCCCGUCAAAAAUAUAGGACUUAAAACAAAAAACACGUUUAAAAUGGCGCUGAAAUAAACCUUUUUAAUGCCCCUUUUUACACACGGAAGAGAGGAAUGUUUCUGGUGGUUUGGCCCUUCCUGAUGGAACAAUGACUGUGGAGCUUCCACAUCCAACAUCUCUUUAAAAGCUGCUGCUUCUAACAAAAAGGUGAAUUUUAUGAAUUGGAGUUAGCAACUAAUCCAUGAUCGUUGGAGAAAGAAGCUGCUCGUUUGUGGCUCAGACACAGUUUCCAUGGAGGCAGGCUCGUCCCUCGGCCUCAAACGACGAUACGAAGAGGUGGACAACGUCUCUCCCUUCUCUACGCCCAAAGACUCUGACGAUGACAUCUCCAGCAGCGACAGCGCCGACAGCUGCGACAGCCUCAACCCCCCCUCCAGGAGCGAACUCACCCCCACCUCCAUCCUCAGACGACACAAGCCGUCGCCGGGAGGCAAGCGCGUGCGUUUCGAUGCGGUGACGGUGUAUUAUUUCCCCCGGCGGCAGGGCUUCACCAGCGUGCCCAGCCAGGGGGGCAGCUCGCUGGGCAUGGACCACCACCACUCGUCCAUCCGUCGCUACACGCUGGGCGAGUUUGCUCGGGAGCAGGAGAGCAGCCACCGCCACACCUUACGCCAGCACCUGCGCCAGGAGAAGCUCAACGCACGCAAGCUGAAGCUGACCAGGAACGGCACGGUGGACUGCGCCCAGGCCGACCUGCUGACUCUGGACGACGUGUCGGACGAGGACUUGGACAUGGACGCCGUGGAGGUGGACGACUGCUUCUUCCUGCAGCCACUGCCCACCAAACGGCGCCGGGCGCUCCUGCGGGCCUCUGGCAUCGCCCGCAUUGACGCCCGGGAGAAAACGGAGCUCCGAGCCAUCCGCCUGUCCCGGGAGGAAUGCGGCUGCGACUGCCGCCUGUACUGCGACCCACGACACUGCGGCUGCAGCCAGGCUGGCAUCAAGUGCCAGGUGGACAGAAUGUCCUUCCCGUGCGGCUGCUCCAGGGAUGGCUGUGGAAACUUGGCGGGCCGCGUGGAGUUCAACCCCUUGCGCGUGCGAACGCACUAUCUUCACACCAUCAUGAAGCUGGACCUGGAGAAGAGGAGGAUGCUGCUGCCAGUCCCCGUGGGGUCCUACGCCGAGUCGGACCCGGUCUCCUCCCCGUCCCCGGAGGUGUACGUCUCUGAGGCGGAGAAGGAGGAGGACAUCCUGGAGCGAGAGAACGAGACCGCCGUGUUGCACCUGCAGAGCGCUGAGGAGCAGGAUAGGCUGGAGAGGGAGGUGCAGGCGGAGCCUCUGGGAAUGCUGGGGGCAGAGCUCCCUGGGCAGGGGGAGGAGCCACAGGUGGAGGAGGUUCUCCUGCAGGGGCCCUUCCCCACCGGGGCCACCGUGCUGUGCAUCAACCAGGAGGAGGAGAACCCUGGAGAUGUGCUCACGGACUCCGCCCCUCUCCUCUACUACCAGCUUAGCUCCAUUGAACCUGCCGCCUUUGAGACCCCCGCCACAGCGCCGGAAGCAGCAGAACAUGAAGAAUCAAAGCUCCGAGAUGAUGAAGAGACCCCGACUGACCAACUUCCUCCCGACGUGUAGUCCCAGCUUCUCUGCACACGUUUUGCACAUAACGCCUCCAAGUAAUAAGAGCAUUUCAUCGAACACCCAUCAUGGAGGCCGAAGCACACGGACGUCACGGACGUCUUGGGUAAGACCACCUCAAUGCAAAAAAAAAAAAAAAAAAGAAAAAGAAAAACACGCACAGGAGGAAGAACUGCUCGCAAAGCGAAUAAAAGCGACGUAGCGAAACUUUUGUCAAGCCAAAUGACGGCGGAAAAUGACCUAAUAAUCCUGGAAAUACUUGUCUUCUCCUGUACUGUACACGCCUUUGCGUGGCGGCACGCUCUGCAAGGUGUGCGCGUGCACGUGCUGACGUCGCCUUUGCGCAAAUGCCACGUUUGUGUUGUAGUUGCAAUGCCUGUGAUAUCACUGCAGUAGAUCCCCGCCUAUUCGUCCUUUCUUUUCUCUGCUUUAAAUUGUAAAUAAUUUUGGUUGUUGUUUUCAAUGGUAACUUGAAUAGAAAGUGGUUUGAUGGCGAUGUCUGCAGGGGGAAAAAUAAUGCAGUACCGAUGACUCCAGCAGGGGGCGCUGUCUCACAAAUCAGUCAACAUUUUCCAGCGGGAAGAAGCUUUGACAAGACGUGUAACUGCAUUACAAUACUGUAUACUGUAUGCCUGGUAUUGUUUCUUCAUGUGUACAACUGCAUUUAAAAUGCAUUUUAAUAACUGAUUUUAAAGUAUUAAAAAUUAGCUUUUUAUGGGUGCAUACAUUAUUCAGGAUUUUUCAUAGCACCCGCGAAUAACGGGGAUCUACUGUAUUAUUAUGAUUAUUAUUAUUACAUUAUGGAUUUCUUGUGAAUGAGUGUGCUUGUUGGGAAGGUUCUGUCUACUUUCAGCUUCUUGGUGUUAUUCUAGAAUGCUGUGGGUUCUGCGUCUCCACCCACCACACUGCUGUGGUUAAAAUAUGAUCCAAUGGAAAAGCACGUAACUCCAUUUUUUUAUUUCAUUGUUUGGAGAUAGGAAUUUAUCAUUGGAUAGCGACAAUGUAUUGCGUUUACAUGUGGGGCACAAACUGAUUGCCAUUCUAGAACACUUCUCGGCAGAAGUAGUCAGUGGUCCGUGAAGGGAAAUUACGGCACAGUGUGACCUCUUGGCCUGCUUUAGAACCCUGUGUAAUGUAGACCAGCUCUAAAGUUUAACACCAUCAGGUUGCUUAAAGGUACGUUCAAUAAGAACCCCAAGGUUUCACUUUUAGAAUAUGCCAAGCAAUGCACUCUAGGGCUGGUCUUAGGUCAGAGUCCAGAGCCGGAGUCUUAUUACAAUCCCACUUAGUGUUCUGCAAGUGUUCAAAGGUUGCACUCAAGAAGAACCCCAAUGUUUCACGCUAGAACACACCAGCUGGUACGCCCCCUGAUGUUGCACUCUAGAGCUGGUUCUAAAUUACACAGGUCUCUAGAACUGGCCACUGGUUACAUUCUGGAGCAUGAGCCUGUCUUUACACUCAUCUCUGUAAUCUCCAGUUGCCUAAGGGUGUGCUCAAGAACCCCAAGGUUUCACUCGAGAACAUGCCGAGCAUAGUACCAGCUCUAGAGCGCAACACCAAGCCUGUUCUAAAGUUUAACACCAAUCUUGUUCAGGGAUGUGUAGCAUCUGGUAUGUUCUAGAGUGAAACCUCUGGGUUCUUCUUGAGUGUACCCUUAAGAAACCUGAGAUUACAGAGAUGUGUAUACUAACCGACACGGGGUCUAGAAUGUUACCUCAGGCCAGCUCUGAAGCCUGCGAAACAAGAACCACCUCUAGACUGCAACAUCAAACAUGUACUACCAUUUAAUACCAAGCCUGUUCAGGGAUGUAGCAUCUGGCCUGUUCUAGAGUGAAACCAUGGGGUUCUUCUUGAGCAUGCCAUUUAAGAAACCUGAGAUAACAGAGGCGUGUGUAAUAACAGACUCAGGCUCUAAAAUGUAACUUCAGUCCAGCACUAGAAGCCUGUGUAACGUACUAGCAGCUCUAGAGUGCAACAUCAAACAUGUACUAGAAUUUAACACCAAGCCUGUUCAGUGGUGUAGCAUCUGGUGUGUUCUAGAGUGAAACCUAGAACCUACUUAAUCUUAGACCCCUUGCAGAAAGCCAGUUUGUAAUAAGACUCCGCCUCGAGAAUCUAAUCUCAGGCCAGCUCUACAGUGCAAUGAUCUGUUCUGGAAUGAAACCAUGGGGUUCUUCUUGAGUGUUCCCUUAAUCAACCUGAGAUUACAGUGACAAGUGUAAUAAUAGACCCAGACACUAGAAUGUAGCCUUAGGCCAGCUCUAGAGACCCGUGUAACUUGGAACCAGCCCUGGAGUGCAACACUAAGCCUGUAUUAGAAUUUAAGACCAAGUCUGUCCAGGGAUGUAGCAUCUGGCCUGUUCAAGAGUGAAACCUUUAGAACUCUUGCAGAACGCAGAGAGAGAUUGUAAUAACAGAACCUGGCUCUAGAACGUAGAGUGCAAUGCUCAGCAUGUUCUAGAGUCGGACAGCACUGGCCAUUGAUCUACAGGGGAACCAUGGGCUUACUCUAGAGUGCCAUGCCAACCAUGCCUGUUCUAGCCUUUUGGGUCUGUUCUAGAGUCUAACCUUGAGCUGCCUACAGAGAGAGGGUGAUUUCAGCCCUGCUUGACAGACAUGUUCUAGAAUCUAGCCACUGGCAGGCUGUCAAGGGAAAUGCAGGGUAUGUUCUACUAGAGUCCAGACCUGUGUUUGAGUGGAUGAGUGGAACCCGAGGCAGUUCUAGAGUCUGCCCAGCUCUUGCAAACCAGUCAUGUUCUAGAAUGUAACCACAGACAAGUGCAGGCGGGCAGCACUGGUCUAGAGCGGACCUACUCUGGAGUCUAAACCUGUUCUAGAGUGCAACGAUGAAGCAGCUCUUGAAGUGGAAAGGAAAACUUAGAUCGUGUAUUGCGCAACACAGCAGCAGCAGAACCAAUGUUGUAAUAGGGCUAGUAGGAGGCCAUGGGUGGUUGCCUACAGACGCAGCAGCUAAAAAAUGAAAAGAGGCAUUCAUUUACGGCCAUGAAGUCUUUUUGGAGUCUUUUGGAGUGUGUGGGUGGCAUGGUUCUAGAGUGUAACGGUGGACGAUGUUCUAGCGUGACAAGAAGAAUCGUUGCACUCUCACCUCUGAAACAAGAGACGUGUCGUGUGAAGACAUUUACAGACAAAUGUGUCGUGGUGUGACGCAGCCUGAUAAGCACGUGUAUGCGUGUGUGUGUGUGUGUGUCAAUAUGUAUGUACUGUAUUGGGGGGGGGGCGGGGCUUGGUAAGUAUAUCAUAGUGAGGAAAGGUUCUCAUGUUACACUUUUUCAACUUCCUGAAGUCAACAGGAAGCAUCAGAGCUUUCCAAUGUGCUAAUUGUGAAGUGUUGUCUGUUCAAAAGUCUUUUUUUUUU